AUGCCUCUGCUGAAUAGUGUUGGUGUUCACGAACCCUUUGCCCUGCGUAGCAUUAUGGAGAUCGUGACAGACGACAGCUACGGGCUUGGGGAAUCCUAUGGCGACUCGGCUCACUUGAAACGUCUGAAAGAUGCAGCACAUGAUAUGGAGGGUGUAUCCGUGUACAAUACGAAUUUAAUCUAUAAGAUAUGUGAAAACUCUCUAGAAGGUGACAACGCGACCGGUGGAGAUGGUAUGGCGGGUAUGGUCACAACGGCAUCUGUAACCGACAAAGUCUUCUCACCCUUUGAGGUUGCGUGUCUAGACAUACAAGGAAAGAUCGCAGGACUUCCUGUGUGUGAGAUUCUUGGUGGUCGUGUGAGAGAUAACGUGCAAUACUCCGCAUAUCUCUUCUACAAAUGGGGCAGUCAUCCUGGUCAACCAGAGGAUAUAUAUGGAGAAGCCUUGGAUUCGACAGGAAUCGUGCGACAAGCGCAGAAAAUCAUCACAAAAUAUGGGUUCAAAGCCAUCAAGUUGAAAGGUGGCGUGUUUCCGCCAGCAGAGGAAGUUAAAGCCGUCAAGGCACUUCAUACUGCGUUCCCAGAAAUGCCGCUACGACUAGACCCUAAUGCCGCAUGGACUGUCGAAACAUCGAAAUGGGUCGCUAGUCAGUUGGAAGGUAUCGUUGAGUAUCUUGAGGAUCCUGCCCCAGAAAUCGAGGGAAUGGCAGCGGUCGCAAAACAGGCUUCGAUGCCCCUGGCAACGAAUAUGGCGGUUGUUGCUUUUUCACAUCUCCCUCCUUCGGUCGCGCAAGAUGCCGUUCAGGUCAUUCUCUCUGAUCAUCAUUUCUGGGGUGGGCUUCGAAAGUCCCAAACCCUGGCCGCCAUUUGCAGUACAUGGAAGAUGGGACUUUCCAUGCAUUCCAACAGUCACUUGGGUAUAUCACUCGCUGCCAUGACUCAUUUGGCCGCUGCCACUCCAAAUCUGGACUAUGCUUGCGAUACACAUUGGCCAUGGAAACGCGAUGAAGAAGACGUCAUUGUCGAGGGUGCCCUGAAAUGGCGCGAUGGAGGUGUCGCUGUUCCAACUGCGCCUGGACUGGGAAUCGAAAUCGACAGAGAAAAGCUCGAACGUCUUCAUCAACAGUACCUUGAAUGCGGCAUGACUAAGAGAGAUGACACUACUUAUAUGAGAAAUUUUCGACCGGAGUUCUCACCACAUAUACCUAGAUGGUGA